AUGGCUUGGAAUAGUGCACGUACGUUGAUUCUGGCUGUCGCAGCCAUAUUGCCGAUCGCGCAUACACUUGGCCUUUCAUCUCUGCAAGAUCUACAAGUCCGCCAAACCGUUGGAGCGACCAAUUGGACUGCUUUUGGUUGUUAUACUGAUAAUGGAGGCGCCCGUACGCUUUCCGGAUCUUCCUACACUAGCCCCACUGCUAUGACAGUGGAAUCCUGUGUCAACUUCUGUUCAACUGGCUCAAACUCGUACAUAUAUGCUGGUAUUGAAUAUGCACAAGAGUGUUACUGUGACAAUUUCAUACGAAAUGGGGCUACGAGUGUCACUUCUUCCCAAUGUAAUAUGCCAUGCACAGGAAACGCGGCAGAGUUUUGUGGUGCAGGCAAUCUGCUAGAUAUAUACUAUAGCGGUGGACAGCCUCCUCCUGCGCCGAUCAUUGUUCCUAGCGUUGGCAAUUGGACGUCACUUGGGUGUUAUAAUGAUUCUACGGCACGUGCUUUGGCUUAUGGUGCACCUGUCACGGAAGGCAUGACCGUAGAAGGUUGCACGAGCGCGUGUUACACUGCGGGCUACCCUCUUGCAGGGUUGGAAUAUUCGACUCAAUGUUUCUGUGGUCUGGUGCUUGACAAUGGUUCAGGACCUACGCCUGCUUCAGACUGCGACAUGACAUGCGCGGGGAAUGCUACUGAGUAUUGUGGAGGACCUAAUCGUUUGAAUAUUUACAACUACACAGAGCUGGUGCCAACUACUCCUGGCGGGGGUGGCGGUGGCGGUGGCGGUGGCGGAGGAGGUACGACAACAGUAUCUCCCGUCACUUCUGGUCUACCAGGAACAUGGGGUUAUACUGCAUGUUACGUGGAUAAUGCCAAUGGCAGAGUCAUCGGUAACGAAUACGAUAACAGCAACAUGACAGUUGAGAACUGUAUCGCAAACUGCAUCGGCGAGAAUUUCACAGUGGCGGCUAUUGAGUAUAGUACACAGUGCUUCUGUGGUGACUAUCUUAUCAACGGAGCUGCCUUGGCCCCUGCGGGAGAUUGCAGUAUGGGCUGUGAAGGAAAUUCUACGGAAGCCUGUGGUGGCCCGAACCGUCUCUCAGUAUAUUCCUCAACUGGCAAUGUAACCAUACUUCCAAUACCAGCACCUCAGAACACUAGUUUACCUGGACAAUGGUCAUACCAGGGUUGUUAUGCGGAACCUGCCACGGGUGUUCACGUACUACCCUACGAGCUCGACUGGACGACCAAUAAUACAAUCGAUGCGUGUUUGAACCAAUGUGCUGCAUUUGGCUAUCCAGCAGCGGGUCUCGAGUAUGGAGAACAGUGCUUCUGUGGUGACAUUACGGACGUUGCUGGUAAUGGUGGCUUCCUCGCACCUGAGACGGACUGCAACAUGCCGUGCUCUGGUGAUCCGAUUCAUAUCUGCGGCGCUGGUGAUCGUCUGUCAAUGUACUACUGGAAUGGUACAAUGAAUGUUUGGCAUAUGCCUGAGAAUAUUGGGCACUACGAGUUCCUUAUUGGCGGUCUCAUUGUACCCCUCAUCGCAACAGUAGGGAUCAACAACAAGGUUACCUUCCUGGAAAAAUGGGGUACUUCGGAAUAUGACAAUUCUACUGGUGCUUAUGAGUUGGAUUUGACGCUUGUGGAUAACUAUCGCCUCGCGUGGCGUGAGAUGCAUGUCAAGACGGACGUGUUUUGUUCGGGUAGUAUCAUUUUACCUGAUAAGGGCGGGAGACAGAUUAAUGUCGGCGGCUGGUCACUGGAGUCGACUUUUGGUGUGAGGUUGUAUACGCCAGAUGGAAGCGCUGGGGUCAAUGGCACCAACGAUUGGGAGGAGAAUGUCAAUGAACUUACUCUUCAGCGUGGUCGCUGGUAUCCCACUGCUAUGAUGAUGUCUAAUGGCAGUAUCUUGGUUGUUGGUGGUGAAACGGGCAGUAAUGCUUCGCCUCAGCCGAACCUCGAGAUUCUUCCCAAACCGCCAGGUGGUGAUACGGUUAUUACUUUGGACUACCUUCAGCGUACGGAUCCGAACAAUCUCUACCCAUUCCUGAUGGUCCUCCCCAGCGGACGUAUCUUUAUAGGUUAUUAUAAUGAAGCUCGCAUUCUCGAUCCAAUUACUUUUGAUACGGUUACUGUGCUCCCGAACAUACCAGGAGAAGUAAACAACUUCCUUGCAGGUCGAACUUACCCGAUGGAGGGGACUGCUGUCCUGUUCCCGCAGUAUGCACCAUACACUGACCCUAUCCAAAUACUGAUUUGUGGUGGAUCUACCCCUGGUGCUGCAAUAGCAGUGGACAACUGUGUGUCAAUUGUACCUGAGGCUGAGAAUGCCACGUGGACCUUGGAACGAAUGCCAUCGAAGCGGGUGAUGCCUUGUAUGGUUACGCUUCCAGAUGGCACCUAUAUGAUCAUGAAUGGUGCGCAGCAAGGUGUCGCAGGCUUUGGUCUUGCCACGGAACCGAAUCUUAGCGCGCUCCUUUAUGACCCAUUGCAACCUGUCGGCCAGCGGGUCUCUAUUCUAAAUACCACUAUUGUCGACCGAUUGUAUCACUCCGAAGCGACGCUCCUUACCGACGGACGUGUUCUAAUCUCUGGCUCAGAUCCGCAGACGUAUUAUCCAAAUGGUUCGUAUGUGUACCCGGAGGAAAUGCGUAUAGAGUUCAAUAUCAUGGAAACGGACUGGGAAUAUAAUGGGCAAUACACCAUAACAGUGAACCUAUUCCAAGGAACGACAUCUACUAUGCGUAUUUCUCUCGUAGCUGCUUCCUCAAGCACUCAUGGAAAUGUGAUGAGCGGGGGUCGUAUUCUAUUCCCCGAGUUUGCUUGCUCCGGAAAUACAUGCACUAUCACAGCACCUCCGAAUGCGUACGUGAGCCCACCUGGAUGGAGCCAACUCUUCAUCCUUGAUGGGCCAACGCCAUCACAUUCAUUGUGGGUGAGGAUUGGAGGAGAUCCUGCGCAGCUGGGUAAUUGGCCUGAUUUCCCAGACUUUACUUUACCUGGAGUGUAGGGCGAUAAGUUGCGGAAACCGGGUAUUAUUUAUUGUUUUUAUUGUUUUUUCUUGCACGUCCUUGUUUCAUCCAGUUGAUUAUUGAAAAGUUAAUACGUGGGGAAAUACACUGCGAGGUUACAUAUUGUCUAAGUCCUAGUAGAGUCCAAACAAUAUUAUAUGAGGGCU